AUGAAAGAAAAGUUUGGCCAUGGGCAAGCAAGAUUAAGUAAAGCCAUUGCAGUCAUUAGUUUGGUAAAUUUAUGGCUUCUAAAUCCAAGUCCCGACCAUAUAGCUUUGGUAUCGGUUAAGUUGUGUGAAUAUUGUGCCAAUAAUGAGAUAGUGGAGUGCUGUGAUGUGGUUGUGGGACAUGUGGGGGGUGCUGUGGGCCGUGGAAGCGGUGGCGCAACUGGCUGGUGUGCUGGCGACGCCACUGGACCCCGCGCCUACGAUCCCGCAAGUCUUCGCAUGACCUAUAGGAGCUGGGCUAAGAAGCAAGAAACUUGGUUAGAGCUAUUGAUAGAUGUACUAAAUAGGAAUUACUGCAAAGCAUAUAACAAUGGAGUCUGCAGUAUUCCUUCACAACCUUUAAAAUGA